ACGUGGCGAAAACACAAGUGUGAUGGUGUUGAAGAAGUUGACACGUCCUCUGAAAAUCAGAAAAUAUGGUUAUAUAUAUUUGUGGGAGAAGUAGAAUUCAUUUUUGAAAGUUGAAAAAGCAAGAAUGCAAGAGCAGGAGGGAGGGGAGAGGGAGAGGGAGAGGGUUGGGCUGAGGGAGAGGAGAGUGAGCGAGCUGAUUCGGGACAAGAAAAGAUUGGUGGAGGUGCCCUACACUGCUUCACUGGCUGACACAAUAAACGCCCUAAUGGCCAACCGGAUCGUGGCGGCGCCGGUGGCGGCGCCGCCGGGUCAUUGGAUCGGGGCGGGCGGGUCGAUGAUCAUGGAGUGGGAUAAGCAGACGGGGGCAGCGAGAAAGCACUACAUAGGGAUGGUGACGAUGCUGGAUGUGCUGGCUCAUAUCGCCGGCAAUGGGGCUGAGGAUCUCGACCGCCGCAUGCAGGUUCCCGUUUCCUCCAUCAUCGGCCAUUGUCUUGAGAGCCUCACCUUGUGGACCAUCAAUACUCAUACCAGCAUAGCGGAUUGCAUGGAAGUGUUGAGCAAAGGAAUCCAUCGAGCUUUAGUUCCGGUGGAUAGCCAAAUGGAGAAUAUAGGUGGAGUGGAGCUGAUGGAAUCUGCGUCUAGCUAUCGCAUGCUUACACAGAUGGAUCUCCUCAGAUACUUGAAGGAUGAGCAGCACCACCUCCAACCUCUCUUUCAACGCCCCGUCUCCCAACUUGGAGCCGUCGUUGAUACUGUUUUUGGCGUCUUCACUAAAACCAAAGUCAUGGACGCUAUAUCCUCCAUCAACAGAGCUUCCCUUAAUGCUGUGCCCAUUCUUGAAUCUAACGCCGCCCUUGACGAGGAUCAUCGUCAUCUCGUAAAUGGCAAAGGGAGGAAGGCCGUGGGAACAUUUUCGGCCACGGAUCUGCGAGGGUGCCCUAUAUCGGUGCUGCAGUCGUGCCUGCAAGUGAGCGUGAUGGAGUUCAUCAAGAGGCUAUCGGAGAUCCCGCUGCAUGAGUCCUCCGGGCUGAGGAACUCGACGGACGAGCUCGUAACCUGCCGGGCUGAGUCCAGCCUCGGGGAGGUGGUGGAGAAGGUCGUGAACAACCACGUGCAUCGGGCUUGGGUUGUCGAUGAAUCAGGUAUGCUCACCGGAGUCAUCUCCCUCACUGAUAUCAUCAAAGUCAUUCGAGUUUGGAUGUUAUCGGACUCGACUUGAUCACAUUCAUAGUCUUUGAGUAAUCUUGUUUUGGUUGUGAUAUACUAUAAGCUUUCCACCUUUAUGUUUGCUUCCUCAAACGUACAUAUUGUGCUUAUUUCAAUAGGCUGUUUUUGUCACAAUUCUAUUGCUAUUGUUUGUGUUGUCUUAUAUUUUGUGGUCACAAAUGGGCAUUACACCAGAACAGUUUGGUUUGGGUACUGAUGACACAACAAGUGAUUAACUUUUUAUUUUU